CCUCGACUCAUAGUGGGAAAAGACAAGAGAGGCUUUGGCUGGCUUUGGAUCCAGAAAACAGCUGCUGAUUAGAGUCUGCGUCUUCGGGCUGAAUUUAUUACAUAUUUUUCAGCAGCAGGGAUUCUAGGAGGAAGCUUCCGUUUGGGUUUCAUGAUCGUGGUUUAUUUUUAUUCAGAGGAAUAACAGAGGAAGGAUUUGUUCCGGCUGGAGCAUGCUCACAACCUGCAAGACCUCCCAUUAUUAAACUGCCUACUUUGGGCUUUAAUAUCCAUGUGGUAUUUUUUUGAUUUUUAUUAGCAUUAUUAUUAUUUGGCAGCGUGCAUCUGUCUAUUUUUAAAAUUUUUUUAAUAAUUUAUUCGGAGAGGAAGCUGAUCUCGCAAUGAGCUUUCUCCUUCCUUACUUGAAACAGGUGCUAAUGAAAGAAUGCAAAUAGCACCGGCUGAGCCGAACAUUUCAUAAAGAAGGGAACAGCCACCGACCCCAGCCGCUCCGGGAUCUGCCCGCUGGCCCCCGGCAAAGGCGCCCUUUUCCUAUGAACACCUGAGUCUCCUCCUCCUCUCAGAGGAUGCACCUGUAGCAGCUUUCCCACAGCGCGGCAGAAGAUCCCCCUGGAGCCGCGGGGUCCAGCCUGGCGCCGGCAGAGCCAUGGGAGAGCCGCGGCUGCCGCGCGGGGGGCGAGUGCAGACCAUUUCUACAAUUUACCAAGACCAUUUUGACUCUUAAUCCUGGCCUCUGAAGCACCUGCAGCCUGUCCCAGCCUGGAAUCUGCAGCAAUUUUAAAAUGUGGGAAAUACUUUUCCAAGGCUUUUGAACUCCAAAGUGGAACAGAAGGAAGACACAGGGGGACAUCCACCGUUCAGUGUUAUUUUCUUUGCACAGGAGAGAGAGAGAGAGAAAAAAAAGAGGAUCUUUCUGAGAUGAGCACUAAAGUCUCAAGUUUUCAAAGGUUUGCAUAACAAACAAGAGACACAUUGUGGGUUGCAUCUUGACUUUGAAGGCUUGCCACUGUCAACUGAAAUAAAAUGGCAAGGUUUAAAGCCUUAACCAAGUUCACAAGGAAAAUAUUUGGACUGAAAGUUUUGGAAAGUUUUCUCUCUUUGAAGUAGUUUGUCAUGUGUUACCAAUGUGAACUUUAUUGACCUUGAAACUUUUUUUUGAAUCAAAUAGCAACUAGUGACACUUUAGUAAAAUCUUAAAUCAACAACCAUCUCCUGGCGGCUCCAGCUUCGUAGCAAAUGCAGGCAAAACAGGGAAUCUACAGAGGAGACCUUUAUUAUUCCUAAAUGAAGCCUGCCAAAACCUUCCCGAAAUAGCAUUCAAAGACCCUUUUAAGGUCAUGGAUCCUGAACAAAGCCAGAAGAGCACAAAAAAGGCUGAGGAAAGUCCAAGAAAGAGGCUUCCCAAAGGAGAGGCUUUCCAAGGCAGUAUUUCAUCCCCAACUACGUACCAGAGCAGCUCUGCUCCUUCCCAAGGAACCCCUCUCCGAGAUAUCAUCUCGCAGCAGCACUUUUCCGGCUCUUUGCCCGUUCCACGAGAGGAGCCUCAGGAGAAGCCUGGCCACCAGAAACAACCCAAGCCCUCCUCCUUUGACCACCCCGCCCACGUCCCGCAGCUUCAGCAGCACGCACUGGCACCAGCAUUUAUGCCCCCGGGGAAGCCGGAGCAUGUCCUGGAAGGUCCCACAUGGCAGCUAGUUGAUCCAGUCAGGCCAGGGCCCUCUGGCUCCUUCCCGUCCCCGGGGCUGCACGCCCACCACGGCCAGCUCCUCCCGUCCCACUCGCCCAUCAUUCCCGCAGAGGACAUGCCGGCCGUGCAGAAGGUCUAUCCCCGCCCCACCCAGGUGUCCCUGAAGCAAGCUGAGGAGGUGCACAAGAAGGAGAAGAAGCCUCAGAAGCCGGGCAAGUACAUCUGCCAGUACUGCAGCAGGCCCUGCGCCAAGCCCAGCGUGCUCCAGAAACACAUCAGGUCCCACACGGGGGAGAGGCCCUACCCUUGCAUUCCAUGCGGCUUCUCCUUCAAGACAAAGAGCAAUUUGUACAAACACAGGAAGUCCCAUGCUCACCGGAUUAAAGCUGGGCUGGCCUCAGGGAUUGGAGCAGAGAUGUACCCAUCGAGCCUGGAGAUGGAACGGAUUGGUGGGGAGGACUUCGAGGAGCCGACAGAAGGGGAAAGCACGGACUCGGAGGAGGAGACGGCAGCGAUGUCGGGUCACGCCGUGGAGUUGUCGCCCAGGCAGAAGCACACCCUGCUCUCCAGCAGCAUGCUGAGUGCGGGGAGCCAAGGCUCCAGCCAUGACCGCUGUUCAUUGUCCCAUUCCAGCAUGUCCCAAUCCCUCGAGGACAGUUCCCAGUUCGUGGAGCCGUCGUCAGAGCACGCCCUGAGCCAUAAGUCUGAGGACACCCACACCAUCAAGCAGAAGCUGGCGCUGCGCCUGAGCGAGCGCAAGAAGGUGAUCGACGAGCAGGCAUUCCUGAGCCCCGGCAGCAAAGGCAGCACGGAGUCCGGCUACUUCUCCAGAUCUGAGAGUGCGGAGCAGCAGAUCAGCCCUCCCAACACCAAUGCCAAAUCUUACGCCGAGAUCAUCUUCGGGAAGUGUGGGAGGAUUGGGCAGAGGACGGCGGCACUGGCUGCAAACACAACCCAGGGGUUCCCACACCUGUCCGGCGACGAGAAGCCCAGCAUGGUCCCGUUGUCUGUGCCUAGAACACAGGUGAUUGAACACAUCACUAAGCUAAUUACCAUUAACGAAGCUGUUGUGGAUACCAGUGAAAUUGACAGUGUGAAGCCCAGAAGAAGCUCUCUUUCAAGGCGUAGCAGCAUUGAAUCCCCAAAGUCUGGUGCGUACAGAGAACCAUUUCAGUUCGAUAUCAAGUCUGGUUCCAGCAGCCAGCUGGAUGCAGUGAAAGUGUUGGCAUCCCACGGUGAAAAAAUGAAGCCCGAACAAUCAUUGUUGUCACUUCAGCAAUCCCACAGUGCCACAGAGACAGUGCCUCUCCUAAGAAGCCACUCAAUGCCUUCUGCUGCAUGCACUAUAAGCUCCCCACACACCUUUAGAGGUAGCUACUCAUUCGAUGAUCAUAUCAUGGAGCCGGAAGUCUUAAGCCGCAGCCAAGCGUUUUCCUCCCACCCUCGAAUGCUAAAACGCCAACCAGCUAUCGAGCUGCCCUUGGGAGUGGAAUACGUCUCGGAGGAGGUCGGCUCUGCCAGCAAAGAAAGCGUUCCCAAACCUCCCGAGGAGCCUGAAACCAAGGAAAGCGAUCUUACCAAAAAGUCCCGCAAGGGCCCGAAGGCAAAAGGGUUCAUGUACGAGUGCAACGUGUGCGGCGCUCGCUACAAGAAAAGGGACAACUACGAGGCCCACAAGAAGUACUACUGCUCAGAACUGCAGCUCUCCAAGCCCCGCUCUGCCACCUCCCACACCUCCUCAGAGCCAGAGAAGAGCGCGGCGGAUCCCGAGGUGUGGCCCCAGAUGAUGCAUUACAAGCUGGGCAGCACCUUGGAGCUCACCCCGCUGCGGAAGAGGCGGAAGGAGAAGAGCCUCGGGGAUGACGAGGAACCUCCAUCUUUCGAAGUAUCUGACACCCCCUCCUCCAGCACCGGCCCAGGCACUCAGUUUGCAAACCUGGCCUCGUCUGAGGUGGCUCUAAACUUGACCCGUGAAUCAAUGAAGUCACCAGCAGACUCGGGAAAAUCCGCACCUUCCGAGGCCAGUGCCAGCUUCCAUUCCAGGAACACCAAACCAGCUUCAAGCACGGAGGGCAAGGAGAGAACAACCUCCAAGGAGAUCUCUGUCAUCCAGCACACGAGCUCCUUUGAGAAGUCAGACUCCAUCGAGCAGCCCAGCAGCUUAGAAGAGGACAAGCCCCUGUCCCAGUUUCCAUCUCAGCCCACGCCCCAGCACAGCCGCCCCCCUCACUCUCUGCAGCCCAGGCUGGUCCGCCAGCCCAACAUCCAGGUCCCUGAGAUUCUGGUCACAGAAGAGCCAGACAGACCAGAAACAGAGCCAGAACCUCCUCCGAAGGAGCCAGAGAAAACCGAGGAGUUCCAGUGGCCUCAGAGGAGCCAGACUCUUUCCCAGCUCCCUGCGGAGAAACUCCCACCCAAGAAGAAGCGGCUCCGGUUGGCAGAAAUGGCCCAGUCCUCCGGGGAGUCCAGCUUUGAGUCCGUCUCUCUCACCCGGAGCCCCAGUCAGGAGAGCAGCCUAUCCCACGGCUCCAGCCACUCCGUCUCCUUUGACCGGGAUGACCACACCAAGCCAGAGUCAAGUAGCCAGUCUUCUGAAUCCCACCCAAAACCUCCUGGUAUUGGUUCCCAUAUGCUGAUGGUCCCCAGCCACCAUCACCAUUCCAGGGAAAUGCGGAGAUCUGCUUCCGAGCAGACGCCCAACGUGUCCCACCCUUCCCAGAUGUCAGAGACUCGCAGCAAAUCCUUUGACUAUGGGAGCUUGUCGUCCACUCCUGCCUCCACCCCUGGCCCCUCCACCUCCUCGGCCCCCCAGGAGAGGAGGAAAUGCUUCCUGGUGCGGCAGGCAUCCCUCACCAGGCACCCCGAGCACGAGCCAGACCCGGCCCCGCUUGGCUGGCCGGACACAGAGGACCCAGCUCCUUCUUCAAGUAAAUCUCCUGCCACGAGUUUGCCCCAUCAGCCGACCACGACCUCCCCUUUGCCCUCUCACGGCACCUACCCGAGUGACAAGAGCCAGCCAAAGGACAGCCCCGAGCCAUCCUACAGCCCGCCAUACACAGAGGCUCUGCAGGUGUUCCACCACCCCGUGCCACAGCUGACGCUGCAUGAGAAGCACUUCAUGGCCCCUCAGGUUUCCAUAUUCCCCUACCAGCAUCUCCUGCCACAGCCGGGGCAGUCUGCAGAGCUCUUCGCUGCACACACCAUGUCUGACAUCCUCUCUGCCCAGUUCUCCAUGCCUCAGAUCCCUCCCUCCAUAUUCCAGACCCCGCCGCUGCCCCUCCCGCAAACGCUCAUCCACCCGGGCCCGCUGCACAUCGCUCCUCCCUUGAUGUCUCACCCCGCUGAGGUGUCCUUCAGGCACCCUUCGUUCCUGCCCGUGCACUACCCCGGCUCCUCCCCGAUCCCCUCAGCCUUCUUCCUGCCUCUCCAGUCGCAGUUUGCCCUCCACUUGCCAGGUGAUGCUGGUGGACAUUUGCCACAGAUCAAAUCCAGUUUGUUCUCGGCAGCAGGAAGCUCCAGCCUGUCCCCGUGCACGGAUUAUGACUCGGAUAGCAGGUUGCACCCUCUGACCUGCACGGCGAGUCCCACGCUGUCUGUCACCGUGACCCAGCUUGUUGUCCCCACCCGGACAGAGCCCAUGGUGUCCCUGGUUGUCCCCGUUCGCAUCCAGACCAACAUGCCCUCCUACGGCAGCGCCAUGUACACCACGCUCUCCCAGAUCCUGGUCACGCAGUCCCAGUGCAGCUCCUCCACCAUUGUCCUCCCCAAAUUCGAUGACCGCCAGCCCAAGGGCGCCCUGGUGUGCAGCGCUGAUGUCCACGGGCUGGGUUUUGAUCUGGCCCAGAUGAUCACAGAGGAGCAGAGAAGCCUUUUCCAGAGCCCAUACCUGAGAGUGCCCCUGCCCUUACCAGAAAGAAAGGGCUACAUGCCCCUCACCUGUCCCUCAGACAGUGUCCUCGGCCUGGAAGGGGGCCCCUCCACAGUUGGGGGGAGCAAAAGGAUGCUGUCCCCAGCCGGCAGUUUGGAGCUGACGAUGGAGACACAGCAGCAGAAGAGAGUGAAGGAGGAGGAAGUGUCUGAAGCAGAAGAGAAGCUGGAAGUGGUGAAGCCACCCAGUGCAAUAGAGGAAGGGAAAAAGCAGGAUAAAUCUCACUUCCUUGCAGAAAGCCAAGACAGGGUGGAGGUUGAGACACCACCCAGCGUGUCCGUGGAGCAGUCAGAGCCAAAGGAAACCCCGAGCAGUUCCCAGCAGGCAGUGUCCCGGUCGGGUUCCCCGAGCUUUGAGGAGCUGCAAGAGUACGAGCAGCCAGCUGGCAAACAGUUCCUCAGCCAGGAGCCUCUGCAGCCCGUCAAGAAGGAAGACUCCAAAGAACCGGUGGAGCAGCCUCCACUAGCCCCUGCCAGCACUGCCCCCAUGCCCGAGGGUGCCGCCAGCGCGGGGAAGGCUCGGGAAGGCACAGACACCAAGAAGGUCCUGCAGUUCCCCAGUCUCCACACAACCACUAAUGUCAGUUGGUGCUAUUUAAACUACAUAAAGCCAAAUCACACCCAGCAAGCGGAUGGCCGCUCCUCGGUGUACGCCAGCUGGUGCAUCAGCCUCUACAACCCCAACCUGCCCGGGGUGUCCACCAAGGCAGCCCUGGCCCUGCUGAGGUCCAAGCAGAAGGUGAGCAAGGAGACCUACACCAUGGCCACCGCGCCGCGGCCCGAGGCGGGCAGGCUGGUCCCGGCCAGCUCCAGGAAGCCCAAAAUGACCGAGGUUCAUUUGCCUUCGCUCCUUUCUAAUGAAGGUCGAAAAGAUAUAACUAGAGCUGAGAAGGAAGAGGAGAAAAGGGGAAAAUCAGAAGAAGAGGCUCUUGUGACCAAGCGAGGGGAGCCGGUGAGGAUCAAGAUCUUUGAAGGAGGGUACAAAUCAAACGAAGAGUAUGUGUAUGUGCGAGGCCGUGGAAGAGGGAAGUAUGUUUGUGAGGAGUGUGGAAUUCGCUGCAAGAAACCCAGCAUGCUGAAGAAACACAUUCGCACGCACACAGACGUCAGGCCGUACGUCUGCAAGUUCUGUAACUUUGCUUUUAAAACCAAAGGGAAUCUGACUAAACACAUGAAGUCAAAGGCCCACAGCAAAAAAUGUCAGGAGCUGGGCGUGUUGGUAUCUUCACUGGUGGAUCUGGAAGCCGAGGAAGGAACCAGUGAAGACCUUUUCCAGGACUCUGAGGGGCGGGAGGGAUCUGAGCCCAUCGAGGAACACCAGUUUUCAGACCUCGAGGAAUCUGACGACGAUGACGACAAUGAGGAUGAGGAAGACGAGGAGGAAGAGGAGAGCCAAGAUGAGCCAGCGCUGAAGCUGCCGGAAGGCAAACACGGCACCCUCCUGCUGCACUCCUCAGGGGGCUCCCCGUCUUCUCCAGAGGAAGGCACCGAAGCAUCCACAGCUCAAGAAGCUGCUUCCAGCACCCCGAAAGCAGGGGAAGGCCAGCAGGCCUCCUCCUCCUCCUCAGGGCUGGAGACCAAGUGGUCAGCAGACAGCAGUGACAUUGCUGUGUGCCACAGCUUCCUGAGCCUCCACAGACCAGCUUUGACCUCCACCGAGCACUUGGCUCCUGCUGAGAGAGAGUCUGUCACCAGGCCACAGAUGUCCUUGGUCAUGGACCUGUCGACCUCCAAAGACACCUCCCCGAGGAAGAGGUGGUCCCCGAGCCAGGACUGUGGCAGAGGGGGUGGCAGCAGCAGACCAAUGAUAGCGAGGAAGCACUUACUGACCAAAAAUGAAACGUCCCCCAAACGCUUCUCCCCCACGGCAGAGCUGUCCUCCCUGAGGUGCCUGUCCCCAGGGAGGGGGCUGUCCCCCUGCCAGCGCCUCUCUCCCAGGAGGGAGGCGUCUCCCCUGAGAUGUGUGUCCCCAAGGCUCGAGCUGUCGCCCAGCAGGCACCUGUCCCCCCGGAGGGAGCUGUCCCCGAGGACAGCCCUCCCCCCAGACGGAGAAGUGGCCCCUGCCAGGCACUCGUCGCCCAGCAGAGAGAUGGCAUCCCUGAGGUACUUCUCCCUGAAGAAAGUCUUGUCUCCAGGCUGCUUGGAGCUGGCCAGGUAUCCGCCCCCUGGCAAAGAGGACUUGCCUGGCUCUAGCAAAUCAACAGAGGACAAAGUUCCAAGCUCAUAUCAAGCCCAGCCCGGGAUGUUCUCUUCGAUGCCUCUACCUCACAGGUUCUUUGGCAAAAACUUACAGCUCUACGAGUCCAAGCUGAAGAUGGAACCCCGCAGCCUGCCCUGCUCUCCCAGCACCCUGCCGCCCGCGUGCCCCCGGCCCCUGCAGGCCCCUCACGACCUCCACGCUCCCGGCCGAGGGGAGGAGAAUGUCUUCAGCCACCUCCCGCUGCACUCGCAGCAGCUCGCCAGGACCCCGUACCCCAUGAUCCCCAUCGGGGGCAUCCAGAUGGUGCAGGCCAGGCCCAGCUCCCACGCCAGCCUGGUGCCCGGCCCCGUGCUGUCCCUCCAAGCCGGACACUUCACCGCAGCCAGCGGUCUCGCCCAGCUCAGCCGGGCCGCCGCGAGGGAUGGGGAGCCCCGAAGCCCUCCAGAGCCGUCAUCGGCGUCCGUGUCCCCCGUGGCCAAGGUCUCCAAGUACACCCUGUCUCCGGAGCCGGCAGGCGGUGGCUUCUCGGAGGAGAAGAUGAGGACUAGCGAGCUCCAGCAGGAGCAGGAGGAGCACAGGCCCGCAGCGGAGGCCGAGCCCAGCCCGGCGGAGCGGCCACGGUCCUCGGUGUCCCCCAGCAGCCCCAGCGCCCCCCAGGAGCCCUCUGCGGAGCCCUUGGCCAGUGGGGAGGAACCCUCCAAAGCCACGGGCAAGCAGCAGUCGGGCAGCUCGAGCACCCCUUCGGAACCAGCCUGCACUUUCAUCUCAGCCGUCCCCUCGCUGGCCAGGGACAGCCCCUCAGAAGCCCCCCCUGGCCACCCCCAGGCCCUGCGCCCCAGGAACCUCUCCGGAGAGCCCGGCGGGAGCAGCCCACACCCAGAGCACUCCGAUUUAGGUCAAACUCACAAAAAGGUGGAUGAAAACGCGGGAAGUACUUAAACCUCCGCCAGCUGUUCCACCUUUAGGCUUCCUCUGUAAAAUCAACAGACAUUUUCAACACUAUUUCCUUUAGUAUAAUCAUAAGAAGCACUCUAGUGAAUGACCAAACCCAUGGAAAAUUCCUGGUUUUCUUUGUCCCAGUCUGGUAUUAUCUCCACAUGUAUGCAGUUACUUGUGCCUUUUUCUAUAACUUUUGUUGCUUGAAAUGUACAAAACUGUUUGAGGCUGUGAAUAUUUUUUUAGAGUUUUUUGGAAAGGGGGUUUGUUAGACCUUGUCUUUUUUGCCAUUUAGGUGUGCAUAAUCCUGGGCCUGAGAGAUGCAGAAAGGAAAGGGUUAAGCAUUUUAAAGAGGAAGAAGAUGCACUGAAAACAAAAGCAAAACAUAAAAAAACCCUUUUUUUAUAUUGCUUAAAUGAUUAAAAAAAAAGAAAAAAAACCCAAACCCUUGCUCCUGUGUACAGAAGUUUAUGAUUCAUAUUUAUUA